AUGGCCACUGCCGGAAACCACAACCAUGAAAACGCCGUCACCGUGCUGAUGGUUCCUCUUCCGGCGCAGGGGCAUCUGAACCAGCUCCUCCAUCUCUCCCGCUUAAUCUCAUCUUAUAACAUCCCGGUUUAUUACGUGAGCACUCCGGCUCACGUACGCCAGGCAAAGCUUCGUAUCCAUGGCUGGAAUCCUGACUCCAUUUCCAACUUUCACUUCCACGGAUUUCCCGUCCCUCCCUAUGAAAUCCCUCCUCCAGAUCCAAAUGCCUCCACUAAAUUACCUACGCAUCAGACUCCAGCCCUUCUUUCCACAGUUCACCUUCGGGAUCCAGUCUUUCAACUCAUGCAAACAUUGUCCAAUACAACCAAAAGAUUAGUAGUAAUUCACGAUGUCUCCAUGUCAUACGUUAUCCAAGACAUCGGUUUUGUUCCAAACGGAGAAUCCUACACCUUUUCGCCAUCCUCUGCGUUAAGCAGUUACUCCAAUCUGUGGCAACUUGGUGGGAAACCCGAAGGAGUGCCUGAACAGCAACUGCUCCAACUCCUGCCAAAGUUUAAAUUCCGACAAGAAACCAAAGAAUUUGCGCUAUUACAACUUGGAGCAAAAAUUACCAGCUCUGGAACCCUUAUCAACUCAUGCGCAGCAAUAGACGGUCCUUUUCUCAAUUACCGUGCUAUGUUCAAAAGUUUUGGCUCCGAUAAGGUCUGGGCAGUUGGUCCAUUGAAUCCUGUUCAAUAUGUACGGGUGAAAGAUGAUGACGUCCAGCAAGGGCAGCAUUACUGUCUUGACUGGCUCAAUGAGCAAUCUUCCAAUUCAGUUAUAUUCGUGUCGUUUGGUUCCUCCAUUACGCUUUCAGAUGAAGAGAUCAAAGAGACGGCGAUCGGGCUCGAAAAGAGCGGGCAAAAGUUCGUAUGGGUUCUUAGGGAUGCUGAUAAAGGUGAUUUGUCUAAUGAGGAAGGUGGUGGUGAUCUGGUUAAAGAAGUGCUCAAUGUUGGUCUGCUGGUCCUGCCGGAAUUUUUUUCAUCAGAUCCUCAAGCUGAAGAAAUUCAGGUGACAUCAAAAGACAUCGAAAAUGCUGUGAGAACGCUGAUGGAUUCUGCGGAGGGAGAGCAGAUGAGGCAAAGGGCACAAGAAGUGAGUAAAGCAUUGAAAGCAUCUCUUACGGACAAUGGAACUCCAUCGGGGGUAGAUUCUUUUGUUGCUCAUAUUCGCAGAUAAUUUUUGUUUUUAAUGUCCCAAUGCUUGUUUUCGGCUGAAUUUAAGGCGCCUCGAUCAUUGAUGAGUAGGUAUGCCAUUGAGUGUAUAACGCGAUGCUGUGUGAUAAUUUCA